AUGGCGUCCUCCUACCCAAUCCUCCCAGAGAAGCUCCUCCUCAUCUCCCUAAAGAUGUACUUUACCCCAGAUCGCACACUCACCUACCUCCGCGACCUCCUCAACCCAUCCAACGAGAUCGUCCACCCAGCAAACCGAGACAAACUUCUCCUGGCUCUAAUCCCAGACUUCCUAACCAUCUGGCCCUGCUCCCAAAUCCUGAAAGAGUACGACACCAACCUCACCAACACCGGAACCCCAUCCCAACCCCCCUUCCUCCUCGGAGCACAAGACUGCUUCUGGGAAUUGCAAGGCGCAUACACAGGCGAAGUCUCACCAGCCUCAAUCCGCGCACUGGGCUGCUCAAUCGUCGAACUAGGCCACGCCGAGCGCCGCGCCAUCUUCAACGAAUCAGACGAGCAAACCGCCCGAAAAGCAGCCGCAACCUGCUCCCAGCACAUGGUCCCGCUCGUCUGCGUUGGCGAAGUGACCGCGCCAGGUCCCAUCGCCUCCGAAGCAGUCGGCCAGGCUGUGACCGAGUGUGCGGUGCUGGUGCGCGCAGUGCUGGCUGCUAUCCCGGAUGACGCGCCCGUUAUCUUCGCCUACGAGCCUGUCUGGGCUAUUGGCCAGCCGAAGCCGGCGGGUGUUGAUCACGUUGCUGCUGUUGUGCAGGGUAUCCGUGCUGUUAUUGGUGUCCGGCCUGGUUCGGCGCGUGUCUUGUAUGGGGGCAGUGCGGGGCCCGGUCUUUGGGGGGAAGGUGGGCUUGGUCGCGCUGUUGAUGGGAUGUUUUUAGGCAGGUUCGCGCAUGAAAUUCAGGGUGUGAGGGAAGUUGUCCGUGAGGUGGAGGAGACGCUGAAUUUGCCGUGA